AUGGUAGGAGAUCCAUACAAAACUGGAUGUUCACUGGGUAUUGGCCCAUCACAAAAGCAAUUGUGUAGCUCUGAUAACGAAUGCCCUAAUAAUCUGGCUUGUGUAAAUCGUACUUGCAUCUCACCCUGCACAAGCGUAACGUGCGGACCAAAUGCUUUCUGCGAAGUUGAAAAUCAUGCAGCGUGGUGUCGUUGUAAUCCUGGAUACACCAAACCCGAAGAGGGAAAAUGCAUUUCUGGUUGCGACAAUUAUUCUUGUGCUACGGCUGCUCAAUGUAUAAUAUCCAAAAAUGGUCCAACAUGUGUGUGUCCUGAGGGUAUGGUCGGAAACCCCUUCCCCGGUGGUGCUUGUAGACAAGAUGUGUGUGGUCCUGGGGUGCUUCAUGUGACGAACAGAGUGGUCGAUGUGUUUGUAAUGCAUUUUUUGUCGGAAAUCCUGAUUUGUUGUGCAUGCCACCGGUUGCCCCUCCAGAUUGCUAUCCUGGCUGCGCUGAUAAUGCUCAUUGCGUUUAUGGUCCAACGAAUACUUGUAAAUGUGAUAAAGGAUAUACAGGAAACCCAUAUUCAAAAUGCUUACCAAGAAAGCAAAUCACUUGUGCAAAAACUUCUUGUGGGCUUAAUGCCCUCGUGUGGCAUAAAUGCAGUUUGUUCAGUUAACAAGCAUCGCAUGUUCUGUGCCUGUGAAAAAGGAUAUUUAGGUAAUCCAUUUGAUAAAAAGAUAGGAUGCUUUAAAGUAGAAUGCGUAGAUGACUUCGACUGUCCCAGCGAUAAAAAGUGCAACGAGAACAACAACAAAUGCACUGAUAAAUGUGAUGACCCUUCCUGUGUAGGCGGAAAAUGCGUGACCCCGUUCUCGGUUGCGUUCCAAUACAAUAUUGUGCUGAUGACAGUAAAUGUUCUACUGGGACUAAAUGUAUUGAUAAUUUAUGCAUUGGGAUUUGCAAAAAUUCAAGAGAGUGUC